UGAAAUUUGCAUAACAUCAGUGGAUGAUGUGAAUGUCCUAGCAGUGAUGUUAUACUGUAUACUGCAAUCACCAAAUGGGGUAACCAGGUGAAAGUUACAUAGGCUUUCUCAGUAUUAUGUGAACAACUACCUAAGACUCUACACUUGUAUCAAUUUCAAAGAAAAACUUCCACACACAAGAUAAUCUCCAAACAUAUGGGGCAUACAUGUGUGUACUACUCUAGCUGUUUCCUUGGGAUAAAUUCUAAAAAGUGGGAUUUUGAGUCAAAAUGAAACUGUGGUUAAGUACCUGCAACAUCCUGUAGACCCUGUGGCAUUAGUACUUGGAAUGAGAGCGUGACUAACCGGGCAUAACUGCUGCCUGCACAUUGUUUACAAUCCAGCAAACAAGGGACAUCGAAAAGCAGCUCGGGCAGCCUGUGCUCGCUGGUGGCCUGCAGAGAAUUCCAGGUGACGCUCCAGAGGGGCCUAGGAGAGGAUACCCUUCUGAGGACAGCCAUGGCUCGCCCGGCAUCACCCCGCUCAGAGGCUAGACGGGGUCCCAGCUGGGGUGACACAGCCCCUCUCCCAGUCGGGAAGGGGAGUCUGCAGGGAACAAGAUGGACUCAGUGUGGGGCUGCCUGCCUGGAACGCGCCCUGAGGCCCCUGCCUGGGACCGUCCCGGACUACGUUUCCCAGAGGCCCCCAGGAACGUAAGGCGCUGCAUGCUGGGACACGGGGCUUGGGGCUCUGGUUUCCCCAGAGAUGGUCCGGCGUCCUCCUCAAGCCUCUCAUCCCUUCCGGAAGCUCCUGCCGGCAUCCUUCAGGAAAAGCAUUCCCGAGGAGGAGGACGAAUCGUUAAACAUCUUAAAGGGUCAGCUCUAGCCUCCGAGUUUGUCUUCUUCAGUGGAAACCCCAAGAGGACUGAUCAGUUCUUCAGUUCUAAAACCAUGGCCCAGGGUUUGGUGACAUUCGCCGAUGUAGCCAUAGACUUUUCUCAGGAGGAGUGGGCCUGCCUGAACUCUGCUCAGAGGGACCUGUACUGGGAUGUGAUGCUGGAGAACUACAGUAACUUGGUCUCACUGGAUUUGGAGUCAGCAUAUGAGAAUAAGGGUUUACCUUCAGAAAAGAACAUUCAUGAAAUAAGGGCUUCCAAAAGGAAUUCAGAUAGAAGAAGUAAAUCCCUUGGCCGUAACUGGAUAUGUGAAGGUACGCUUGAAAGACCGCAGCGCUCGAGAGGGAGGUAUGUCAAUCAAAUGAUCAUCAAUUAUGUAAAAAGGCCUGCUACUAGAGAAGGUACCCCUCCUAGACCACAUCAGAGACAUCAUAAGGAGAAUUCCUUUGAAUGUAAGGAGUGUGGGAAGGCCUUUAGUCGUGGCUAUCAACUUAGUCAACAUCAGAAAAUCCAUACUGGCGAGAAACCUUACGAAUGUAAAGAAUGUAAGAAGGCCUUCCGUUGGGGCAAUCAGCUUACUCAACAUCAAAAAAUUCAUACGGGGGAGAAGCCGUACGAGUGUAAAGACUGUGGGAAGGCUUUUCGAUGGGGCUCAAGCCUCGUUAUUCAUAAGAGAAUUCAUACUGGUGAAAAACCCUAUGAAUGUAAAGACUGUGGAAAGGCCUUUCGACGUGGUGAUGAGCUCACCCAGCACCAGAGAUUCCACACUGGGGAGAAGGACUACGAAUGCAAAGACUGUGGGAAGACCUUCAGCCGUGUGUAUAAACUGAUUCAGCACAAGAGAAUUCAUAGUGGGGAGAAGCCUUACGAGUGUAAAGACUGUGGGAAGGCCUUUAUUUGUGGUUCAAGCCUCAUUCAGCAUAAGAGAAUUCACACAGGUGAGAAACCCUAUGAAUGUCAAGAGUGCGGGAAGGCCUUCACUCGAGUCAAUUACCUCACUCAGCAUCAGAAGAUCCACACCGGUGAGAAGCCCCACGAAUGUAAGGAAUGCGGGAAGGCCUUUCGCUGGGGUUCGAGCCUCGUUAAGCACGAGAGGAUACACACGGGCGAGAAGCCGUACAAAUGCACAGAGUGUGGGAAGGCCUUCAACUGUGGCUACCACCUCACUCAGCACGAGAGAAUCCACACAGGCGAGACCCCGUACAAAUGUAAGGAGUGUGGGAAGGCUUUCAUUUAUGGGUCCAGCCUUGUGAAACACGAGAGAAUUCAUACCGGGGUGAAACCCUAUGGGUGUACAGAAUGUGGGAAGAGCUUUAGUCACGGCCAUCAGCUUACACAACAUCAGAAAACACACAGCGGGGCGAAAUCCUACGAAUGUAAGGAAUGCGGGAAGGCAUGUACCCACCCGAACCAUCUCCGAGAACAUCAGAGGAUCCACAACAGUUGAAGAGCCUCUUGAACACCGUAGCCCGCUCGUAUCUGUGGUUUCGCUUUCCACAGUUGGUUAUCUGCAGUCUACUGCAGUUCAAAAAUAUUGAGUGGAAAAUUCCAGAAAUAACAAAUGCGUAAGUCUCAAAUGGUGGCCCUUCCGAGUAGCGUGAUGAAAUCUCUCUGUCCGGCUCCAAACGGCCAGGGCUGUGAAUCGUCGCUUGGUCCAGCACAGUCACGCUGUCUACGCUACCCACCCUGCUCGUCACUUAGUAGCCGUCUUGGUGAUCUGACUGUCAUAGCAUCACAGUGCUUGAGCUCAAGCAGUCCCUACUUUGCUUAACAGUGGCCCCAGAGAGCAAGAUUAGUGAUGCCAGUGAUUCGGAUAUGCCAAAGAGAAGCCACAAAGUGCUUCCUUUUAAGUGAAAUGGUGAAAGUUCUCAAUAAGGAAAAAGAAAAAAAUCAUAUACUGAGGUUGCUAAGAUCUACAUGACAAUAAGGUAUUUUGGGAGAGAGAGAUACCUACGUUCAUGUAAUUUUAUUACAGUAUAUUGUUACAAUUGUUCUAUUUUGUUAGUUCUUGUUGGUAAUCUCUUACUGUGCCUAAUUUAUAAAGCAAACUUUAGAUACGUAUGUACAGGAAAAAAUGUAGUAUACAGUAUCGUAUAUAUGUACAGGAAAAAAACAGAGUACUAUCUGUGGUUUCAGGUAUCCACUGGGGGUCUUGGAACGUAUUCCCCUCAGGUGAGAGGGGACUGCUGUACAAAGAAUGUAGGAAGCCCUCUAGACUACAUCCAUUCCUUCCUCAACACGAGGAAAAAUCAUGGUACAGUUUAACAUAAGAAAGCCUUCACUGAUCACUCUUUUUUUUUUUUUUUUUUUUUUUUUUUGAGACAGAGUCUCACUCUUGCCCAGGCUGGAGUGCACCACCACGCCUGGCUAAUUUUUGUAUUUUCAGUAGAGACAGGUUUCACCAUGUUGUUCAGGCUGGUCUUGAACUCCUGACCUCAGGUGAUCCACCUGCCUUGCCCUCCCAAAGUGCUAGGAUUACAGGCAUGAGCCACUACAUCCAGCCCACUGAUCACUCUUCUGCUUAUAGAAUAUCAGAAGUCAUUCUAGAGACAAAUUUGAAUUGUGGAAAAAUCACUUUUUCUUAAUGAUUGUUUUUGGUGUAGACGUUUUUAUUGUGUAGGUUAGUUUAAUGAAUACAUAAAGACUACCAAUACCAUUCUGUCUUUAUUCCGUGGCAUCUGUGGAAUAACCCUGCUAAUGUAACAUGUGAGAAAGCCUUUAGUCAUGGCACCCACUCUAUCAGUUGUCCCCACCAUCCCCCGCCCUCCUCCCUGUGAGACUACUGGGCCAAAGGCUCACUACCCCUGUGCGUUGUCCGGCACACAGACACUAUUGUGCAUUAUUUGUACAUAAGGAUAGUCACAUCUACCUGAGACUGCUAUUGUGGAAAUUAAAUGUUUGGUACAUGUAAAGUCUUUGAAAGUGUAACUGGAAUAUUGUAUAAGUUCAAUAAAUAUUAACUGUUGUUUUUAUGCUCAUUACUACCAUUUGUGUUGCCAUUAGUGAAUUUUUUACAAGGAAACCCCCUGUGGGUGCAAUGAGUCUGGAAAAGACCAUUGAGCCUUCUAGAAGAAAACAUUGAGAGAUUAUUGUCACAACCGUGGGUUACGCAAUGAUUUCUUAGUACACAAAACACAGCAAACAAAACGUUGUUACACUUCAUCGAAAGUACAAAGUUCUGUUCAUCAAAUGAUGCUGGUAAGAUAGGGGAAAGACAAGAAACAGGACUGGAAGAAGAUAUUUGCUCUACAGUACACCUGACAAAGGAACUCUCAUAGAAAAUAUAAAGAAUCCCUCAAGUUGAAAAAAAAAAAUCAAUUUAAAGGGGAGAAAACUUAAGCACGUCUCAACAGAAGAUCACCAAAUGGCCAAUAAGUGAAAGUGUAUUCAAUGUCAUUGCUCCUCAAGGAACUGUAGAGUAAAACUACAAUAUGCCGCCACUCUAGACAGUCACCAGGAUGAUUAGAUUAAAAUCACAGUAACAAGGUCGGUUUCUGAUGUCUCACCACAAAGAAGGAUAAGGGAGCGGGGUGAUGGAUAUGUUAAUUAGCUUGAUUUAAUCAUUCCACAUUGUAUACACGUAUCAGAACGUCACCUUGUACUCCAUCAAUAUAAUGCAAUUAUUAUUUGUCAAAUAUUAAUAAAGAAAAUCAAAGAUGA